GGCGGGCCGAGCUGAGGAGCGGCGGCAAAGUCCCGAUUCGGCUGCUAAAGAAGCAGUAGCUUCGGUUUUUAAUUCCCAAGGUCAAAUGCGAGAGAGAUAAUUUUCUGACUAUCUCGACACGUAGCUUAUAUUUCAAACUCUUCUAUUUGAAGAACUCCUGGUGAUCGACGUUCCUUUGGCGAUAAGGCACGAGCUUGCUUCCCUGAGCGCUGCCCUACUCUGUUCUCACACUUCUGCAGUACGCCGUUCCCCUGUAGGUAGGUGACGGCUAUGGAAGUCCUGUAGUGUUCCGAGGGGCCGUAACGUGAGCCUCACGGCCUGUGGCGGCGCUCCUCGGUGUUUCUGGGAGUGUGUAAAAGAAGGAUGUAAACAGUAAAUGUUGCGAUAAGUAGCAGGAACGUACUUCCCAUUUUGCACGCUGCCUGUAUAAAGACACUUGAUCUAUUUCCUGUUCCUGUGUGUUUCCUCAGGUUGGUUCUCUAUUUGUUUGUUAUGCACUUAAGAUUCCUUUUCAGAGAUAGAAAUAGCAUGAGCAUAGCAAUAGUAUGAUUAUAAUAACUGUUAAUAACUAUAAUAAUGUAUGUUAAAGUAACUAUUUUCAGCAUCGGGUCAACGUGAUGGGACCAAGCAAGCCACCUUUGUCUGGUGCUCCAUUUACACCCACUACCCAGCUGUACAGGAAUGAAGCAAAGUCUUUACGAACACAGCUCCAGUUUAAUAGAAAUGUUCCAGCAGUUCCGGAAAACUUAUCUCUCAGAUUCUCUAACCCCCAUCCAAUUAUAAUAGAAAAACUGAAGUCAUCUAACAAUCAGAGAAAUCUAGGUGGAAGUGAUGACCCCAGUGUAAGAAGCUCUGGUAUGUUUUCAGUGAUAUCUGAAGAGAGACUAAAAUUGGCUAUUCAUCUAGCUAAAAGGGACAUAAAACGAAGGCAUCUUGAAGAGCAAGUGAAACAACAGGUGUUUGGAGAUGCUGUCAAUAAAUCAUUGUUAGCCCAGAAGUCACAAGAGCAGAUAAACAAAGUGUCUGAAAGUCUGGAAAAGAAAAUUGGGCUUGAGUCUCAAACUCAGCUGAAAUAUCACCAGAAACUUGUUGAGCCUUCCAAAAUGAAGACUACCACCUCUGGUACAAAAGUAUAUCUCUACACACCAAAUGAGGGAAUGCUAAUACCAGCUGUUUUAGGCUCUUCGCUCACCCAUAAUACAAGACCAGACCCCAAGACAACCGUUAAAAUAAAGGAAAAUAAAAAUAUUAUUGAAAUCCAACGGCUGAAAAAAGAAUUAAGAAGUUGUGUCCAGAAAAUUGAAGACCUAACUAAAAAAGAGAGAGAUGAAGAAAACUUAGAUGCUGAUGAACAGCAACAAGUUUGCACUCAAAGGCAGAAGCAAGCUGCGCAAUCGGCUCAGAUGCUGUAUGUACUCCAGCAACAGGUGAAAAAAAUUCAGGAUGACUUAGAAAAACUGAGUCCUUAUAAAAUCAAACAUACUAAAAAGUCUCGAGCAGUGUCCAAAUUGGCAGCAGCACAUAGAGGAGCUAUACGAGCCUUGCAGGCAUUUGCCAACCAGUUUACUGAUCAAACAGGGCAAUGGGUUCCUACCUGCUACAAGGAGCUGGGCAGCCUCAUUCGACAGCUGUCACUCUGUUCUGCCAAACUUGAACUAGAUUCUUCAACUUCUGAUGUUAUAAUAGAUAUUUUGAUGCAAGUUGAGGAUCUGAUUUCACUAUUGGAAAAGAAACAAACUCCCAAAAAAGUGAAGGAAUGUCUUUCAGCAUCACAUGGCGAAUCUUCAGUGAACACUGUGACGUUUCCAGCCAGAAAGCAGCUAAUAACUCCAAAAGGAGAAAAUAAGCCUCUCAUCUUAAAAAAACAACGUAGACAAGGACCCAGAAAAUCUCCAGCUGCCAGAGGUCUCUUGAUUGAUAAACAUCAAUACGUUGCAAAAAUUUCAGCAGUUCAGAAGAUGAACGAUCACACUCAUAUGUUGCAUGAUAAAUUCCAGGACGCAAAUGAUCUUCCUGCUCCACAAAGAAAUACUGUUUUACAGGGAAGCCUAGAGGCACUAGUGAGAUCUAGAGCUGUAAAAAAAGAUCCUAUCCUUCAAAGUGGCUCUUUAAAGAAGAAAGACAUGUUAUUAUCUGCAGAAUCACAGGGCAUGCCUAAAUCUCUGAAACCAAGGCAGGUGCAGCCUCCAGGAAAGCAUGCUCGAUUUCAAGAAACAACUAUAGCUUUUCAGUUAAAAGAGAACAAACGAUUUGUUAAGGAGAGCAGCAUGCCCUGGGUGCCUUCAAACUCUGCGUUACCUCCUGCUUCACCUAAACGACUAGCAUGGCGUGAAGCAGAAGCUUCAAGAAGAACGAAAGUUCUGACUGAUCUUAACAGAAGAGAAAUGAAAAAAGGACAAAAGUUAAGGUUGCAAGCUGCUUCUCCACCUCAGUGUGCAGACAAAGUUGACAAAGCAGUAUGUGAGCACCUAGAACUUCCAUUGGAUAGGGCACAGCAGAUCAAUAUUUCCUUGGAAGCAAACUGUCAUUUGAAGGAUCCUUCAAUUACAAGACAGCUUUCAACUCACGCAGCUGAGAAGGUUGCAGCAAGUGCAGAUAUUCUGAGUGAAAAGGUACUGGAUGAUCUUUUGGAAGAUACUGCUCAGGAACUCUGGAAUAUGGAGCAGUGCGAGAGACUUCAGGCUGAGAAUCUGUUUGUGGCUGAUGGUCCUAGUCUGGAAACAAUGUUGCAAAGAAUGGAAGAAAUUGAAAGAUAUCAGGAAACUGUAUGCAGGAGAUUCACCCAGAUUGUGUACAGUGAUUCAGAAUUCAGGGCCCAAGAGGGUAAAAUUGAUCAACAAAUGGCAUUAAUAACUCAACUACCUACAUCUCCUCAUUCAAUUCAGAUAACCAAGUUAACUAGACAGAUACAAUCGGAAACUGACAUUUCAUUUGAAAAAAUUUUCGAUGACAAUGGCACUAACAAAAACAAAGAAGCUCAGGAGAAAUUGCUGACUGGAAAUAACAUUCUGCAGCCCUUGACUCAGAAUUCUGUGCAGAAAAAGUCCUACAUUUCUUUCUCAAUUACAAAGCAUAUGCUCCAGAGCAUCCUGGAUUACAGCAGCAAAUACAAGCAUCACCUAAACCUUAUUUUCCAUGAAGCAGUAGGCAGCUUCAAUCCAUGGCAGAUUGCUGAAAGUCUUGCAGAGGAACUAACAGACGAAGCCCUGUUUGAUGUAGCAGCAGAGCUGCGGGAUGUUUGUGAGGAUUAUGCUGAAGCUGUAUUCACAUCAGAGUUUUUGCAGCCAGCAUAGCUUCCUGGAUUUAUCAGGACUAUCGUUGUUGUUGUUGUUGUUGUUUCAUUUCUUUGGCCAGCGUUUCAGUGGAAUGAUGUGAGCUGUUACAGGUGAAUUUUAUAUGUUUUGAUAGGUAUACACAUCCAUUUGUUUACUUCCAGUAACUUCAUCCAUUUUUGUGUGUAAGCUACUGAUGAGAAUAAAAUACUGGGAAGGGGACACUGGUUUAAGCUAUGUCAUAGACUUAGCUGCACUGUGCCUCAGUUUUCUUUCAGUUGGGAGAAUCUCACUUAAAUACCUCCCAAAGGAGUUAUGGGUUUUAGUUUAUUUCUGUCAAGAAAAUGCAUUGAAUUUUUCUGAUAGCUGUGUUGGAAGAGCAAUUCAUUAUUGAUAGAAAUCUAACACCCAGAUGAAGUGAAGAACAAAAACUGUUGGCUUUGCUCUUUGGAGCUUUAUGUGUUGUAAAAUAAAAACACUGUCUGACCACCAUAAGGAAUAUAUAUGGAUUAGUUCUUUUUAGAAUGUGUCAAUCCAAAGGAAGGAUUCCCAUGGCACAGUACUAAGAAGAGGUAAACUCUCACACUGGCUAUAGACAGAGCUUGCACUCUUAAGAGUGAAGUACUCCUGUUUGUUUUAGAAUGUCACUAAUACAUUAUGCACAGAUGAAUCCUUUCGAGAGAAGCAUGGGAUGGAAACUUCCUUUUCUUUUAAAUUCAAAUUAGCUUAAAAUAUUAUUUAAACCUUAGCACCUUAGAACUUAGUGAUCCAGCCCUACAUUCUUUAGUCUUAGCAAUUCCAUUAAAAUCAAGAACUAUGAAAUAAAUGAAAACUGUGAUUUCUGCAAUGUAGUUAAUAAUCACUCUACUAGUUUGGGUUAUGCCUGGAAUGAGCAAUAAGUAAGGUUUAUGGUACUAUUUUGGGGAGCUCAGCCCUUGAGGUAACCCAAAAAACAGUAUGACAGUUUGUAUCCUUUAAGUUUCUUUUCUAUAAUUGUGUUGCUCUCAUCAGGGUACGUUUGACCUUCUAAGACUAUUUUUAUUCCUUCUUAUUUGAACAUAUUUUAUUAAAAUAAUUGUUUUUAUUGAAGACUUUUACUGUUUUGUUUGUCUUGAAUUUUACACCAGAAGUAAUAAUGUAAAUAUUACUGAUGUAUGAUUUUGUGUAAUUUCUUAAAUUAUAAACACCAUUUAUGUAGUCGUAUAAUAAGUCUAAUUUAAAAUAAAAAAUACUAAGACGUAGUGUCUGUAUCUGCAUGUAUGCUCAUGGAAGUAUUGUCAAGAUAUUCUGUUUCUGAAUAAACAGUGUGUCUUUCAUAGGA